AUGCCGGCAACUCUCCGCAAGCAGCGGCAGCGCUGCCGCUGCUCGCGGAGAGGUCCGCGAAGCCUGGGCGCGCAGAAGUCAGAGCGCGCCGGCUUCGGCAUGCCGGCAACUCUCCCCAAGCAGCCGCAGAGCUGCCGAAGCUCGCGGAGAGGUCCGCGACGCCUGGGGGCGAUGAUAUCAGCGCGCCCAGGCUUCGGCAUGCCGGCAACUCUCCGCAAGCAGCGGCAGCGCUGCCGCUGCUCGCGGAGAGGUCCGCGGAGCCUGGGCGCGCUGAUCUCAGCGCGCGCAGGCUUCGGCAUGCCGGCAACUCUCCGCAAGCAGCGGCAGUGCUGCCGCUGCUUGCGGAGAGGUCCGCGAAGCCUUGGCUGGACAGCUUUUGAAGGCAGGUGGGGGGACAAGACUUUCGCCCCCGCCAACCUUCAGAAGAGGUCCAGGACCUCUUCUGAAGGCUGGCGGGGGCAAAGUCUUUGUCCCCCUGCCUGCCUUCCCAGGGGCUUUAAAUUGCCCCGGACAGCGGAGAAGUCCUCCGCUGUCCCGGGGCAAUUUUAAAAUGCCGCCCGCCAGCAUUUUAAGAUCGCCCCGGACAGCGGAGAAGCCCUCCGCUGUCCCGGGGUUUUAAAAUGCUGGGGUGGGUGGGAAGAAAAGCCCUUGUCCCCCCCCCCAGCCUUCAGAAGAGGUCGGGGGACAGACUGUCCCCGGACCUGGUCUGAAGUCGGUUUCCCUAGGAACGCAUUAAUUGAUUUUCAAUGCAUUCCUAUGGGAAACCGUGCAUCGCAAGACGAAAAACUCGCAAGAAGAAAAAACUUGCGGAACGAAUUAAUUUCGUCUUGCGAGGCACCACUGUAUUUUUAAUCUUUUGUUGGGAGCUGCCCAGAGUGGCAGGGGAAACCCAGCCAGAUGGGCAGGGUAUAAAUAAGUUGUUGUUGUUUGCAAGACACUGCCAAAUUUCAGUUUAUAGCUGUGUUGGCAUAAAUGCCCAGAUCCACCAGUACAUUUUUCUGGAUGAUGAUGCAAUCUGUCACCCAAAGUCAUAAUAUUUGAAUGGUGCAGUGAACAUUAUACUGAUACCUGAGCUCUUGUUUCCCCAGGCAGUGGUUCAUUGGAUCAGAUCUUGCAACUUUUGCAUCGUAUGAUUAUGCUACUAUACAAAGACAAGGAAGUUGCUAGAUCUGGCACCUAACAGUAGUGAAUUGUGAUGCAGCCAUCCCUUCUUUUUAUAACUUAAUUCUUCAUAUCUUCAUAACUUUCAUAUCUUAAUUCUUCAUUUUUGUUUUGUAAUCACCCAACAGGGAAAGGGGGGUCAUUACUAAUUCAUUCCAGAAGCACAAAUCAGACUCCCUUCUUACAAAAAUGCUUCUCUAGCUGCUGAUGUGGAAUGUUCCUUUUCAAGCUUCAUAUAUACUUUUUAAAAUAUUUGAUUUUCUGUAUUUACACAAAGUGUUGAAUGACAAAGGCAAAUUCUGCUCAUUAAAAGAAAAUCUGAAGCCAUCUACUCAUAUGAUCAGACUCAUAUGUGCAUUUUAUUUUUAUUUAAUAAUUUAACCCAUGCCCAUGAAAGAUAUAUUGGAUGUACAGUCAAGAAUAAUGAAGCCGUCUGUCUACAGAACCGAGUGAAUGUAAGUAUCCAAGUUUCUAGGAGAGCUGUAUAAGUAGCAAAGAAUUUCCGUUCCCCAAUUUUUCAGUGUAUGAGUUAUCCUUAAACUAAUUGUGAUUCCCAGCAUUGCUUUUUAAUAUUGUUAAAAUUAGACGUCCAUGUUUCAACUCAAUGGAGCACUUUGAGAAACAGAAUCUAAAUAGAACCGAAUAAUCAUUAGUCCCUGCAUUUUUACAUAAUAUGUUAAUGUUUCACAGCACUCUCUAGAAUGGGAAGCACAAGAGUUCUUGCCCCACCUAUGAAUGCUGGUUGAAUGGUCUUCAGUCGGAGCAUUACAAAGGCUCUUCCCACACUCCACUACUCACUAGCUGAAGUCAACUAUGCUCCUGAUGGUUGUCAGUGACCCACCAGCCAACCUGUAUUUAUUUAUUCAUUUAGAAAAUCUGUAUACCAUGUAGGGAUUUUUGACAAAAAAAAAACCCCUAAGCAGUUUACAGAAAUUAUAAAAUCAUUAUAAAAUCAAAAUACAGCAGAAUAUAAAUGUACUGCAACCAGGCCCUGUUUCAGGACAUAUGUGGCUCCAGAUGUUACAAAAUAAUGGCUGCCAUCUACAUAUUGGUGACACUUCACUCCAAAUCUCCUGCUACUAGUAACUAUAAAAGGUAAAGGACCCCUGGAUGGCUAAGUCCAGUCAACUCACUUCAGGCUGAGAGAGCCGGCGUUUGUCUACAGGCAGCUUUCUGGGUCAUGUGGCCAGCAUGGCUGAACCACUUCUGGCGCAAGAGAAUACCGUGACGGAAACCAAAGCGCUCGGAAAUGCUGCUUACCUUCCCACCGCAGUGGUAUCUAUUAAUCUACUUAUCUACUUGCACUGGUGUGCUUUCGAACUGCUAGGUUGGCAGUAGCUGGGACAGAACAACAGGAACUCACUCCAUUAUGCGGAUUCGAACCACUGACCUUCCAAUCAGUACAUCCUUUCAUAUUUUGCUAGUCCAUAACAAGCUCCUUAUGAUCUCUGAAGUCCCCCAGCAAAUAGUUUAGUUUCUAAAUUGCUUAAUUAAUUGAAACUAAAUUAAAAUAUUUAUAGGCUGCCUUUUAGGGUAAAAUGCUCUCAAGCUGACUUCCAAUAUAUUCAUAUUUUAUAAUCAGUUGGACUAUAAAACACCAUAAAAUACCAAGAACCAGUUGUGUCACUAAGGGCAACAGCAGAGGCUUUGGGAGCUACCGCAACCCUUGGAUCUCUUGAACUCUGGGACACAGCCAACUAUCACACAAUAAAGCAAAAAAAAAUAUAUCUAAACCUAUUGCAACACCAUGUCAUACAGCAGCACAAUAAAAUCAUUAUUAAUGAGAAAUAAAUUCUAAGUAAAUGGGCCAUGGGAGCCAUUCGAAGGCCUUGUUUCCACAAGCAUGGAGCCACCUCUAAGGAGGUCCUAUCCCAUGUACUACCAAUCUAGUUAAUUCCACAAGUAGAGCCUCUGAGAAUCAGCAGAAGGUGUGGAUAAGUUGAUAUGAUGAAGGCAGUCCUUCAAAUAAAGUCUUGAGAUACUGGGAGAAGACUCAGAACAGACAGCUUCAAUAUAGCUCAAUGGGGUUUUUUAGCUUUAGUAUUUGACCAAUUUAAACUGCAAUCCUAAGCACUCUUCUCUGGGAGCAAAUCUCAUAGAAUUCAUUAGGGCUUAAUUCUCCAUCAGCAUGCAUAGGCCUGCACUGCAGAUAAACAUUUAUAUCGGGGUGGAGAGAGAGAGAGAGACAGAGAGAGAGAAUGCUAAUUGUUUUGACAACGUGGAAUGGAUACUGAAAAUAUCUUUAUUUUUGGAUCUCUGCUCAAAAAUCACGUAUGUUUAUCAUAUUCUCCAGAGGUGGGAAAAGGAAGAUAAGGAAAAUGAAGCAUAAUCUACUUUACAAUUUAAAACCUAAUACAACCUAUGCAUGUUUAUUCAGAAAUAAGCCAUACUGGAAUCCAACCACUGUAUGUUUAUUCAGAAAUAAGCUGUACUGAAAUCAGUGGGACAUGCUCCCUAGUAAGGGCUACAGCUUUAGUCCAAACAAAAACUUGUUUUGUUCUAUUUGAAAAUUCAUUUGGAAAGAACGAGCUUCUGUUUUGGCUUUAAACUAGCAAGUCUCUAGUCUGUUUUCAUUCAAAGGCUUUAAAACAGCUCAGUCUGCUUGAACAAGGUACCUCAUCAGUGAUGACAUUGUUUAAUUUUAGUUAAUAAUUACAUUUUACUGCAUCAAAAGCUGCUUGUGGAGCUUGGAAUUCAAAUUCAAAGGUCUCCAUAUUGCCCAGUGUUGCCCAAGCUGACUAUUAUCAACGGAGCAGGUCAAUCAACGGCAGCCAGGGGGACCAGGAAAUGUGUGCCUGCAAAUCCUAACUUUGAUAUGAGAACAGAUCAGCCAAAGGUAUCAAGAGACGUGGCACAAGCAGAGCAUAUGGAAGAAAUUGCAACAGUGAAGUGA